AUGCCAGAAGCUUCUUCGGCCUCCGCCAGCCCGGGCCUCACUUCCCGCAGGCGUGCAGGCUGUGGCAGGGAGGGAGUCGAGCUCAGAACAAAUGCUGGUCGUCUUCGCGCGUGCUCGAAGGCCACGCCCCACGGCAGGGAGCGUGCUUGUUUUCAAUACUGGCUGGGUGUGGCCAGAGCCCACGCGGCGCUGGGCCUUCCCCCGGCGCCGCCCGUUUCCCAGGCUGUCUUGCUGCGAAGGAUGCAUUGGAUGACGAGUGCCUUCCCCAAGGGCCAGGUCAAGGGGCAUCCCUGGACUUGCCAGGGAUUCAAGGGGUGGCCCGCCGGAGGCUUACUGAGGUGGCGAAGGGCGGAGAUCGUUGGAGGCUGA